AUGCAGUUUUCUCCAGAGUUCCACGCAGACAGCCGACUGAUGUACUAUCACCCAACAUCACCUCAUGUUCUCUGCUCAUGUAGCAAAUGUUUUCAGAGAAAUUAUCCAGGUUACGAGAACCUGCACUUCCUACAGAGACAAGAACACGAUGCGCGGGAAAGAUACAUGUACACCGCUCAUGGUUUGCCCUUACCAUCUUCCGCGGGAAUACCUGCGACCUUUGCUCAUGCCAUAGACGCCAGACAUUAUUACCCAGCAUCUACACUUGCGGCGCAACUGCCACACUAUCCGUACGACCGAGAUUCUACUGAAUACG